AUGGGCUUGAAACGAGCUACGUACGCGUCAAAUCACUCGUGUGUCUGGUGCAAGAAAUUUCCAAGACUUGAGAGUAUUCAACAUCUCUACAUCAUGAAUGUUCACAAAAUUUUUCUUUUCCACAUUUUGAUGUUGUUUACAAAGACGUCCAGUUCAAUGCAACACAGCGCCAUUUUAAGGCUUGCAGCUUCAGGUUUUAGGCUCGUCCAUCAUGUAAUUCGCACAUACAAUUCACCGGAUGCUUUGAACUGUGCUCAGAAUUGCUUGGCUAAACAACCCUUUUGCAAAUCCAUAAAUUUCGAUACAGAAAAACAGUUUGGUUCUGGCAUGAACUGUGAGCUGAACAACGCAACAAAAUUAACAAGACCAAAGAAUCUUCAACCAGUAAAAAACGUCCAUUAUUACGAGGUAGUUGAAGAGGUGAAAUCCAAAGUAAAACAGGAUAGGAAUUCGAACGAUUCGUCAGCCAUGAAAGGAAACAAUUCGUUCCACGCAAAUUUCACAAAUCUUGGGGCUUCUGGCCGUCUUGGUCCUAAAUUGCUUGGUACUCACUAUGCUGGUAAAGACAAUGAAAAUAUGGUGACUGUCCAAAAUGGUACACAGUUCUGGACAGUUCCGCACACUGGUACAUACGAAAUCACAGCAGUUGGUGCGACAGGAGGCUACCAAAGUUCUUUCUUAAGUACACCAGAUCGAGGCGCGUACAUGAAAGGAGAAUUUGAUCUUAAGAAGGGACACGUGAUAAAAAUAUUGGUUGGGCAAAGUUGUGAAACAUUACCGUUUUGUGGAGGUGGAGGAGGAACAUUUGUAGCUACGUCAUCGAACACUCCAAUCAUCGUCGCAGGUGGAGGGGGUGGUUGCUUUAAUAUCAAAACUCUUUUGCCAAACAGCAAAGCCAGUACCGGGACAUUUGGAAGGAGUAACGCGUGUGGUGGGAAUUGUUCUAUCAUCUCCGGAGGUGUUAAUGGAAAUGGCAGCUUGAAUGUACAUGAUGUUUAUUCCUGUGGCGGAGGUGGCGGAUUUUAUGGCGAUGGGCCCAGCAGUAGAUAUGGUGGAGGAAAAGCAUUUGUGAAUGGGGGAGAAGGAGGCGAUGGUUAUAGCGUUUUUGACGGAGGGUUUGGCGGGGGAGGAGGUGGAGGAGGAGGACAAGCUGGAGCAGGGGGAUUUCAAGGAGGAAGAGGAGGAGGAUAUUCCGGAGGAGCACCUGGCGUUGCCUUCGACAACUCUUGUGGAGGAGGAGGUGGAUCGUUCAAUAAUGGAAGGAAUCAAUUGAAUAAGGAAGGAUAUCCUGGUGGUAUCCAUGGUUUUGUUGAGAUAAAACUUUUGAUUUAA